AUGUCGAAAAGAAAAGCUGAAUCAUUGGCGACUUUGGAUUCGGGUGUCAAGAAGCCUAAGCAUGAAUCAAAGUCUUUCGGAAAACAGAAUUUGCUGGACGAUAGCGAUGGCAGCAGCGAAGACGAGUCUGUUGGCGGGGCUCCAGUAGAGGAUGCAGGUUUCAAAAUCAAUCAGGAAUUCGCAAAUCGAUUUGAGCACAACAAGAAACGCGAAGAAUUAUCGAAGCUGGAAGAGAAAUACAACAAGCCUGCGAAGCCUUCCAAUGGCAAAACUUACGGCGACAAAUACGAUGAAGAUUCUGAAUCUUCAGAUGAGGAUGAGGAUGACGAGGGAUUCCUUGCGACGGAGGAUUUAGACGCAGAGAUUUCGGCUACGCUGCAAGCAAUUCGGUCGAAAGACCCCCGUGUCUACGAUGAGAAAGUUACGUUUUACAGGCCAGUGGCAGAAGGGGCAAAGGAACCGAAGGCGGGCGCUGAGAAGGAAAAGCCAAUGUAUCUUCACGACUAUCAUCGUGAAAAUCUCCUAAAGGGAAUCAAUGGUGAUCCAGUAGAAGAAGAAGAAGACUCUGCUCCAAGGACUUUUGCGCAGGAACAAGAAGAUUUACAACGAACGAUUGUCAAGGAGAUGCAUGCUGCAGGCGACUCGGAAUCAGAGGACGAAGACGGCGGAUUUUUAAUACCGAAAUCCAAACCACAAAAGGACGAGAAACCAGCAACAAGCGCAGUUCAUCCUUCGAGGGCUAAGAGAGUCAAGGUAGAUUUGGAUGUCGAAUCCGCCGACAAAGAUCCAGAAACGUUCCUUUCGAAUUUCAUGCAAGCUCGCGCUUGGGUACCUAGUGACGGGGCUCGUUUCCAGCCUCUCGAGUCUGAUGAUGAUGAAGAACUUGACCGUGCCGAGGCGUGGGAGACUGCGUAUAAUAUGAGAUUCGAGAACCCUGCAGGAGCAAACGAAACCUUGAAGUCAUAUGCAAGAGACAUCAUUGCCGCCAAAUCCGUCCGUCGUGAGGAGCCCAAUAGCCGCAAGAAGCAGAGAGAUGCGCAGCGGGAAAAGAAAGAAGCCGAAAAGGCUGAAAGAGAGGCUGAACGAACUCGAUUGCGGCAGUUGAAGAUUGGUGAGAUGGAAGAAAAAUUACAGAAAAUCAAGAAGGCCGCUGGUAUCCGUGGAAAGACUUUGAAGGAUGAGGAGUGGACAAAAGUUUUGGAAAAUGAUUGGGACGAUGAUGUUUGGGAGGCGGAAAUGAAUGCGAAAUUUGGAGAGGAGUAUUACGCCGAGCAAGAGGCUGGCUCUGAUUCUGAGGCGGAAACUGGCAGCAAGAAGAAAAAGGUCAGAAAGCCGAAAUGGGAUGACGAUAUUGAUAUCAAGGAUCUGGUUCCUGAAUUUGUGGACGAGGAGGAAGCUCAAGAGAAACCAGCUUUUACGCUUUCAGACGAUGACCAGGACGAAGAUCAGGACGGCGAAGAAAAUCAAGACUCGGACGUCGACAUGGAAAACACUACCCGAAAGAAGAGUAAGAACAGCAAGGAUAGAGCUAAAGAAAAAGCCGACAAGAAAAAGGCGGCCCGUAUCGAGCGCAAGAAAAUCGAAGACCUGGUUGAUAAUCAACUCAACCUUACGCUACCACUUACAUCCAAAGCUCCUGCUGUCUUUCGCUAUCGUGAGACCUCGCCUACCUCAUUCGGGCUCACCGCGAGAGAUAUUCUGAUGGCACCUGAUACAUCGCUUAAUCAGUUCGCCGGACUAAAGAAGAUGGCAGCUUUCCGGGAUGCCGAUAAGAAGAAGAAAGACAAGAAGCAUCUCGGUAAGAAGGCCAGGUUACGGCAAUGGAGGAAGGACACCUUCGGCAAUGAAGACGGUCCUGAGGUUGUGAUUGCAGAAGGAGGUUUGGCGGAAGACAAGGGUGAUGUAGUGGAGGGCAAGAAGAAGAAGAAGCGGAGUCGAAAGAACAAGGCGAAGAGUGCUGAGAACGAGAUUUAG